AUGUCUCUUCCUGAGGACACGACCGUGCUUGUUGUCGGUGCAGGCCCCGCGGGUCUCACAGCUGCUCUUUCUCUCGUUCACCAUGGGUGCCAUGAUUUCGUUAUCGUGGAUGCCAUGGUCGAAGGACUGAGGGCAUCGAGGGCGGUCACCAUACACUCUGCAACCGUCGAGGCUUUAGCCAGCAUCGAUGCAGUAGAUGGCUUACUGUCUCAAGCCAUCAGGGGAAAGGGCUUCAAAAUCACAUCCCGUAGUUCGCAAAUCUUUGAGGCCAAAUUUGACUAUUUAAAGAAAUAUUCCGCCCACCCUUACGCGCUCUAUAUCCCUCAAAAUGUAACGGAGCUUGUACUUGGGCAGAAAUUGCAGAGCCUUGGUGUUCAAGUGCAACGUCCGCACAGGGUAGUAGGAAUGAAACAGAACGAGAAGGACCCUCGCGUUACCGACGUGUCCUUUGAGGACGGUCAAGUUAUCAGAGCUAGAUAUAUUAUCGGCGCAGAUGGUGCCCGCUCAAUUAUUCGUACCAUCGCCGGUAUGGGGUUCUCUGACCCAGAAGGCCCAAAUGCAGCCGAAAACUCAUUGGUCCAAAUGGUCUCUGCAGAUGUCACAUUUGAGCCUGAACCUGUCGAUCCAUUCACCCUCGAAGGCUACCUCAGCGGCACGGUUUUUUCAGGCAAUUUCUUUUUUUUUGCACCGUUCGGCAACAGCUUCAAUGCCGAGCUCACGGGAGAUGAAAAGCCCACUACGAAAUCAAUAUUUCGCGUAGCUUGUGCCAUACCUAGAAAGAACGGAGAGCCCCCCCAUGCUCCACCAAAAGAGUACAUCCAGAAGUUGAUUGACACAUACGGGCCAGCAUGUAUAACAUCAGAUCCGUCCCUUAACCCGAGACCUGUCAAAGUUGAUCAGUUGGUCUGGUCCACACGUCACAGAAGCCAGUCCGCCAUCGCCGAUCGUAUCUUCACGCGUUUUGGAGCCGCUAUUUUUCUAGUCGGCGAUGCAGCCCAUAUACAUUCCCCUGCUGGCGGCCAGGGCAUGAACCUGGGCAUGAGGGACGCGAUCUUCCUUACAGAGGCUAUCACAAAGCAUAUUCAAGCUUCUGCAGAGAAUCCCGAUGGGGAUGACGCCAUUUUGCAGGAAAUUGCGGAUGCUCGUCACGCACGAGCACUAGAAAUCAUCGGCUUUACCAAGACACUUUCGAAUCUCGCAAGCCUUGCGUACGAUCCAUAUGCUUGGUGGAUGCCGGUCAGUGGGGCCUCCGUCCGCGAUCUGGUGCUACGGAUAUUGGGCGGAUUUGACUGCGUGCAGUCGAAGGUUGCAUGGGGCCUGAGUGGGCUUGGAAGACGGUAA